UCGUCGGUAGCGGGCCCCGUCCGGGGUGGGUCCCGGCCCGAUGCGGCCGUUGAAGGCGCUGCGGCUGGCCCUCCUGCUCCACGUCCGCUGCGUGUCCUGCCCAGGAGCAAGGCUGAAGGGCCCGGAGGAGCUGUGUCUUCUUGUGCGAGUGCUAGGCCAGUGUCAGAAGACCAGAUGCGUCCCCGCCGUCUUCCCCCUGGUCUUCAACGCAGAGAUGGUGUUUGAAAAGGUCUUCCCAGAAGCCGUGGAUCCCGGAGACGUGGUCGCACAACUCGAAGAUGAUUCUGCUGUGUUCGAGUUGGUCCAGCUGGUUCCGCCAGAUGGAGAAAUCCUGUCCACGUACACGGAAAACACGAAGGACUUCCUGUUUCCGGGGCCGAGGUCCACAUCUGGCCCGCGUGAGGUUCACAUGACCAGGAUGCCCGGCAUACGGGGUGCGGAGCCGAAGCUGGAAUUCCGCACCACCUCCAGCAUCAGCGAAUGCCUGAUGGAGCCGUGGAGGGUUCCGGCCCAGGACCGGUGGUCACACCCUCGGACGCCUCUCAGAGCCUCGCGAGCGAGAUCGCCCUCCGGGCCCGCGGCCAGCGCCCCCGCACAGCCCCCGUCGCCUCUGAGGGGCUACGAGCGGCCCACCCUGGCCUCGGUGUCACGGUCGCCCUCGCCCUACACGAGGCGCCGCAUGUGUGCGCUGGCAGAGGAGACGGGCCGGCGGUUAGCACACCUCCACCUGGGGCCCUUCGAGUUCAAGCGGGACAGUGCCCGGCCACCCUUUAUCGUCAGACAUGUGCAGCCGCCCAGCCCUGCGGCCGACUUCCUCGGCUCCCCCGCCAGAGACUGUGCCAGAGACAGCAUGAGAGACGGCACGUCUGGACUCUCCGGUGACACUUUCCUCCUGGGAAGCUAUAGACCGAAGCAGGCCAGGACACGCCGGUCAUCGUGGGGUGGCGAGUCUUGUCCAGCCCCCUGCGACAGCCGGUGGGAAGAGCCGUGGACCUCGAGCCCAGCUGACCGGCAUUCUCCUCGUGCCGGGGCGGGCCAUCGGUCAGCCGCCCAGGAGCCCUCUCAGAGUCCUGUGCUCCAUCGGUCUUCUCUCAGGGAAAGGUUCCUGUCCCAUUCAGCUGGUCCUGCCAACUCGGAUGAGAUCCACCAGCGAAUCAAAUGUGUUCUGAGGCGUCACCGGGCAUGGCAGAGGCCGGCGGCAUUUGAUGAGAGUCUCUCCGGGAAGGAGGAAUUGGGCCUGAGAAGUGGUGUUCGGCGGAAGGCUACCUCCUGGUCAGGGCACUUGGAAUCCAGCUCUCCCCUGCGGCCGUGGGCGGCCGUCUCCCAGGACAGCAGCAGUGAGUGGCAGACCAGCCGGGAGGCCACCCACCAAAAGAAGUCCCACCGAGCCGUGUUUGCAGACAACAUGGGGAAGAUCUACCACCAUAUGUUCAGAAACGCCUCCGCUAUGCGUCCCAUGAGGCAGGCCACCUGCUAAGAGCCCCUCAAUGAAGAAUCCGGUGGUCGAC